AUAAAAAAAAAUGUCCAACUUGAAGGAGUCCAACACUUGUCCUCCUGACGGUUACAGAGCUUUGAGCACCACUGAGCUGAGGGAGCUUUUACAAAACGACGACAAAAUGGACCAAAUCAUUCGUCUCAAUGAGAAGUUUCAGGACCUUCAAGUGGACAGAGAGAUGCUACUGACCUCCAAUCGGAGUGUAGCCGAGGACAGCCUUGCCCGACGACCCCGCCUUAAUAACGGCAAACUCCAACUGGCGGAGAAAUACCGGGAACUGUCCAACCUGGCAACCACAUGCUGGGAAAAACAGAGUCAGCUUGAGUCUCGUGGCCUGAGGCGCAGCCUGCAGACAGCGCAGAACCUCCUGCAGGAAGAGGUGGCUCGUGCAGAGGAGCACUCAGAGGAGCUGCUGGAGAAGUUCAUGGAGGGGAACGUAAGCCUGGAUGAAUUCAUGGACUCUUUCCAAAGCUCCAGGAAGACGUAUCACAUCCGCCGGGCUCAAGCGGAAAAGAUGCAAGAUCUCGCCCAAGCCAAGCGGCAGCCGAGCAAAAGCAAGAGAGCGGAGGAGCCGACGAGCAAGAUCCCCGAGGUGAAGAAGGACUCGGAGCAGCCACACGAGCCUCAGCGGCCCAACGGCUUCGUAGCACAAGGACCUCUUAGAGUGUUCCAGGUACGCUACGGCCUCACGCCGGCCAUCCUCCUCCCUCAUUACCCCGUUUCUCCCCCCGCCUCGGCUCCAAGCCUUCAAAGUAGUACGCCCACGUCCGAGCCCCAGAUGGGACAGACCCACAUCCUCAGCCCGGGCACCUCGCUCCCUGGACACGGCCAGCCGGUCGGCCUCAGGGUCAUCGGACAGUUACCAGGCGGCUGGCCGGUUAACGGGCGGCCGGUGCGAGUGCAGCAGCUUUACAGGCCGAACCCUCAACAGCCUGAGCCGCCGUACCGAUAAAGUUUCAAACCAGCGGAGGAAGGAGGGGGAAAGAGGAGAAGGCAGGAGGAAGAGGAGGGAAAAGGAGGAUGAUGAAAAGCCGGUUUGAGAGGUCUUCCAAGACGACGUGGGAACCACUGGCAGCACUGCUAACGUCCGUUUUUUCCGUUCUCCAUCCAUGACACACCAAACAC